CAUCGUUUGUCGGAGGCAGGUGCGGAUGACGUCAAAGUGUCGCGCUCUGCUCUGGGUGAUUCCGGAAGAAACCGGAGCGCGGCGCGAAGAUGGGGAAACAAAAGAAAGCGAGAAAAUACGCGACCAUGAAACGGAUGCUUAGUCUCAGAGAUGAGCGACUCAAAGAAAAGGAUAGAUCAAAACCUAAAAAGAAAGAAAAGAAAGAUCCCAGUGCUCUAAAGGAAAGAGAAGUCCCCCAGCAUCCUUCCUGCUUAUUCUUCCAAUAUAAUACACAGCUGGGCCCACCUUAUCAUAUCCUGGUUGACACCAACUUUAUCAACUUUUCCAUCAAAGCCAAAUUGGACUUAGUGCAGUCGAUGAUGGACUGUCUGUAUGCCAAGUGUAUCCCUUGUAUAACUGAUUGUGUAAUGGCUGAAAUUGAGAAACUGGGACAGAAGUACCGCGUGGCUCUAAGGAUUGCCAAGGAUCCACGAUUUGAACGAUUACCUUGCACACAUAAAGGGACCUACGCAGAUGAUUGCUUAGUGCAGAGAGUAACUCAGCACAAGUGUUAUAUUGUGGCCACGGUUGACCGGGACCUUAAACGGAGAAUCCGGAAGAUCCCUGGAGUUCCUAUCAUGUACAUUUCUAACCACAGAUACAACAUCGAGCGGAUGCCAGAUGAUUAUGGAGCCCCUCGGUUCUAAUUUUUACAAGACAAAGUUCGUCCGCCUCCCUCUGACCAACUUUCUGUCUUCAGUUCAUUCAACAUGCUAUAGAAUGCAUUACUACUCACCCAUUUGCUGUUGUUACCAGCUGAGUAUGGUUAAAUACAUUCACUUUGUGAUGCUUUUUGAAAAUGGUAA